ACGCGGCGGUACUGUAACGCGACCGGGCUCCGGUGAGCGUGCCAGUCUAGCGUAAAACCUCCGGAGGAGAGGAACGAGCGCGUUCACGACGCUAUAACGGAGCUACCGAUGAAAAGGCGUGAUGUCAAGCCGCUGUCAGUGUCACGGGACUGAGGGAAUGUGUGCCACGCGCUCGUGAAUGACCAUCCUCCAGCGCGCGCAGCAGCAGCAGCAGCAUAGACAGAAAGCGUUGGUUUUUGGUGCAUAGAUCAGUUACCCAAACCGAGCGUCAGUCGUCGCCUCGCACGCACCCCUCAAGACAUCUUCGAGGAAUUGAGAAAUUACCGUAGAUACCUUUGAACCUUUACAGGACGACUCCGCAGCAUUCAUUCAUUCCGAUGUGGAUCUAUCUAUCAGAACUGAUCUGAACGCAGCAUCUGUUUUAUUAGAGCAUUUGCAUAUCGUCUUCUGUUUUCUCUUGGAUUAUAGAAACAUGUGAAGACCCUGGUGAGGCAUUGGACCACAGAGCCAAAUUUAAAGACCACAAGAAGGAAGGUUGUGCCGUCUGAUAUUGUAUUACACUCUUCGUUUUCUCCUCUCUCUCACCUUGCGGGUCCCUCAGACAAUGGGGGGACGGCAGGCUUCGCAGAGGACUUUGGACCAAAGCCCUGCACGGGGCUUUACAUGGUCCUUUACAAGCUGGUUUUUAGUCUUAGCCUUACCAAUAGUGUGCUGUGAACAGACCUUCACAACUUUUCACCCUGAGCGACGGGAAUGGGCUUUCAAUCACUUGACAGUUCACAAGACUACAGGAGCAAUCUAUAUAGGCGCUGUCAACCGUGUCUAUAAGUUAUCAGGCAACCUAACGCUACUAGUAUCCCAUGGUACCGGCCCAGAAGAUGACAACAAGGCCUGCUACCCUCCGCUUAUCGUUCAGCCGUGCAACGAACCUCUGGUUUCCACCAACAACAUCAACAAACUCUUACUUAUCGACUACUCUCAGAACAGGCUGCUCGCUUGUGGAAGCCUUUACCAAGGUGUUUGCAAACUUCUACGGUUGGAUGACCUCUUUAUCCUAGUGGAACCAUCUCAUAAAAAAGAGCACUACCUCUCUAGCGUCAACCAGACCGGCACCAUGUAUGGGGUCCUCGUGCCCUCCCAAGGCAAGGACGGGACUCUGUUCAUUGGCACAGCAGUAGACGGCAAACAAGACUACUUUCCAACCAUAUCCAGCCGUAAGCUUCCUCGUGACCCAGAGUCCUCUGCCAUGCUGGACUACGAGCUCCACACUGACUUUGUGUCGUCACUCAUCAAGAUCCCUUCAGACACCCUGGCGUUGGUCUCUCAUUUCGAUAUCUACUACAUCUACGGCUUUGCCAGCGGCAACUUUGUCUACUUUCUGACCGUGCAGCCAGAAACCCCCGAGAACAGCAUGUCUUCCAGUGGCCCUUCGAACGACCUGUUUUACACCUCCCGUAUCGUGCGACUUUGCAAAGACGACCACAAAUUCCACUCCUAUGUGUCUCUGCCGAUCGGCUGUAUCCGGAACCGGGUGGAGUACCGUUUGUUACAGGCGGCUUACCUGGGCAAACCCGGACGAGUGCUCGCUGCAUCCCUCAACAUUAGCGCUCAGGAUGAUGUGCUCUUCGCUAUCUUUUCCAAAGGUCAGAAGCAGUAUCACCACCCACCCGACGACUCGGCCCUCUGCGUCUUUUCCAUUCGGGACAUCAAUGCUCAUAUCAAAGAACGCAUGCAGUCCUGCUAUCAGGGAGAGGGAAACCUGGAGCUUAACUGGCUGUUGGGUAAAGACGUACCUUGUACUAAAGCGCCUGUCCCUAUUGAUGACUCCUUCUGCGGUUUGGACAUCAACCAGCCUCUUGGCGGCUCUCAGCUGGUGACCGGACACACACUCUAUACGGAGAGCAGGGAUCGGAUGACCUCUGUGACCUCCUACGUCUACAAUGGUUACUGCGUGGCUUUCGUUGGCACCAAGAGUGGUCGACUAAAAAAGAUCCGCGUUGAUGGUCCCCCUCACGGUGGCGUCCAGUAUGAAACCUUGCCAGUCAUCAAAGAUGGAAGUCCCGUCCUGAGAGACAUGGCCUUCUCAUUGGACAACAGCUACAUUUACGUCAUGUCGGAGAGACAGGUGACCCGUGUACCGAUCGAGUCCUGUGAGCAGUACGGCACGUGUGGAGAGUGUCUGAGUUCUGGAGAUCCACACUGUGGCUGGUGUGUGCUGCAUAACAUGUGUUCGCCAAGGGAUCGCUGUGAGCGAGCAAAUGAGCCGUACCGCUUCGCCGCCACACUUAGCCAGUGUGUGAAAGCCACGGUGUACCCGGACAGCAUCGCCGUCUCUGAACCUAACGUACCGCUGCUGGUGAAAGUGACAGACGUUCCGGAUCUUUCCGCUGGAAUCACAUGCUCAUUCGGGAACCUGACAGAGAUUGAGGGAAGAGUGAAUGGGAACCAGAUUCUGUGCACGUCUCCUGCUGCUAAAGAUGUUCCCAUCAUCCCCACCGAUCAAGACUGGUCUGGUGUGGAGCUGAGAUUGAACUCAAAGGAAACGGGUCAGAUGCUGAUCAGCACCGAGGUGAAGUUUUACAACUGCAGCGUGCACCAGCUAUGUCUUUCCUGCGUCACCAGUUCCUUUCGAUGCCACUGGUGCAAAUAUCGAAACCUCUGCACCCAUGACCCCUCCAGCUGCUCCUUCCAGGAGGGACGCGUCAACGCUUCAGAGGACUGUCCUCAGUUGGUUCGCUCCGAGGAGAUUCUGAUCCCGGCGGGUGAGGUGAAGCCCAUCACACUGAAAGCACGAAAUCUGCCGCAGCCUCAGUCGGGUCAGCGCGGGUACGAGUGUGUGUUACACAUCCAAGGAGUCAGUCAUAGAGUGACCGCUCUCAGAUUCAACAGCUCCAGUGUACAGUGCCAGAACAGUUCGUAUUUGUAUGAAGGCUUGCGGAUCAGUGAGUUGCCGGUGGAUUUCUCUGUGGUGUGGAAUGGAAACUUCAUCAUUGAUAAUCCUGAGAACAUCAAAGUGCACCUGUACAAGUGUGGCGCUCAGAGGGACAGCUGUGGCGUGUGUCUGAAGGCGGAGAGGAAGUUUCAGUGUGGCUGGUGCAGUAUGGAGGGUCGCUGCACAUUACGCCAGCACUGCCCAAUGUCCAACCCAUACACCAGCCGAUGGCUGAACCUCGCCAGCACCAACGUCAAGUGCACCAACCCUCGAAUUACAGAGGUGAGCCCAGUGGCCGGACCACCAGAAGGGGGCACUAGAGUAACAAUUCGCGGCAUCAACCUGGGUCUGUCCUUCUCAGACAUGAUCAACAACGUACAAGUGGCAGGAUUCCAGUGCACCCCAAUAGAGACCGGCUACGUUAUUGCUGAACAGAUCGUGUGCGAGAUGGACGCAGCACCUGAUGGUAGUAAACCAGGCCCGGUCCAUUUGUGUGUAGGAGAGUGCAAACCGGAACUGCAGACUCGCUCUUCUCAGCUGUAUUCAUUUGUGAUGCCCUCUAUCACAGGGGUGUCCCCCAGCCGGGGUCCCGAGUCUGGUGGAACUAAAGUCACUAUAAUGGGAGAGAAUCUGGGGGCUGGCAGCAGUGUCACUGUACUAUUCGGGAACCAGACCUGCGAAUUUUAUGAGAGAACAAUGACAGAAAUCGUGUGUUACUCCGCCCCCUCUCUGACAGGGGUGGGGCCUGUUCAGAUCAGUGUGAGCGUGGAUCGUGCCCAGGUCAAAGAGAGCUUGACCUUUGAGUAUAUAGAUGAUCCCACCGUUCAACGCAUCGAACCAGAAUGGAGCAUUGCCAGUGGACACACGCCUCUGGUGGUGACCGGGAUGAACUUGGAUGUCAUACAGGAGCCGAGAAUUCGGAUCAAGUACGGCGGGCGGGAAUCAGUAAAUGUGUGUAAGGUUCUAAACAUGACCACCAUGAGCUGUUUCGCUCCCUCUUUGACUGCCGAGUACAGGCCGGGUUUGGAUUCUGUGAAGCAUGCGGAUGAGUUCGGCUUCAUCUUCAAUAACGUGCAGGCUCUUCUGGUGUACAACAACACUAACUUCUUAUACUAUCCCAACCCUUUCUUCGAACCUCUCAGCACCAAUGGCGUACUGGAACAGAAACCCGGCUCCCCUAUUAUUCUAAAGGGUAAGAACCUGGUUCCUUCGGCAUCUGGAGGUGUAAAGCUCAACUACACUGUACUGAUCGGAGAGACUCCCUGUUCUGUCACCGUGUCUGAGUCUCAACUGCUGUGCGAGCCUCCUAAUCUCACCGGCCAGUACAAAAUCAUGGUGCAAGUCGGAGGGCUACAUGUUUCUCCCGGCUCAGUAAACAUUCUUUCCGACAGUCUGCUGACCCUUCCCGCCAUCGUCAGCAUCGCUGCAGGCGGCGGCCUUCUUCUCAUCAUCGUCAUCCUCGUGCUUAUCGCCUACAAGCGCAAAUCCCGUGAGAACGACCUCACGCUCAAGAGACUCCAGAUGCAAAUGGACAACCUGGAGUCCAGGGUCGCACUGGAGUGCAAGGAAGCUUUUGCAGAGCUGCAGACAGAUAUAAAUGAGUUAACCAGUGAUUUGGACCGAGCUGGUAUCCCAUAUCUGGAUUAUCGCACAUAUGCCAUGAGAGUGUUAUUCCCUGGGAUCGAGGAUCAUCCUGUGCUCAGAGAACUUGAGGUCUCUGGUAAUGGGCAGCUAAGUGUGGAAAAAGCUUUAAAAGUGUUUGCCCAGCUGGUCAACAACAAAGUGUUUUUGUUGACAUUCAUCCGAACACUGGAAAUGCAACGUUCCUUUUCCAUGCGCGACCGCGGGAAUGUGGCGUCGCUCAUCAUGACGGCUCUACAGGGUCGGCUGGAGUAUGCGACGGAUGUGCUCAAACAUCUCUUGUCUGACCUCAUCGAAAAGAACCUGGAGAGCAAGAACCAUCCCAAACUACUGCUCAGGAGGACAGAGUCUGUAGCUGAGAAGAUGCUGACAAACUGGUUUGCAUUCCUGCUUCAUAAGUUCCUCAAGGAGUGUGCAGGCGAACCUCUCUUCAUGCUGUAUUGUGCUAUAAAACAACAGAUGGAAAAAGGCCCAAUAGACGCCAUCACAGGAGAGGCCAGAUACUCCCUUAGUGAAGACAAACUCAUCCGACAACAGAUUGACUACAAGACGCUGAUCUUAAACUGCGUCAACCCGGAAAACGAGAACAGCCCUGAAAUCCCAGUGAAGGUUCUGAACUGUGACACCAUCACGCAAGUCAAGGAGAAAAUCCUAGAUGCCGUGUACAAGAACAUGCCCUAUUCACAGAGACCCAAAGCUGUGGACAUGGACCUGGAGUGGCGACAGGGACGAAUGGCCCGGGUGGUCCUGCAGGAUGAAGACAUUACCACCAAGAUUGAAAAUGAUUGGAAGAGACUCAACACGCUCAUGCAUUAUCAGGUGUCGGAUCGCUGUGUGGUGGCUUUGGUACCCAAGCAGACCUCCUCCUACAACAUUCCACCAACAACGAGCAUCUCCCGGAGCUCUAUUAGCAGAUAUGACUCGACUUUUCGCUACACGGGAAGCCCGGACAGCCUGCGGUCCCGCGCUCCCAUGAUCACACCGGACCUGGAGAGCGGAGUCAAGGUCUGGCACCUGGUGAAGAACCACGAACAUGGAGACCAGAAAGAGGGCGACCGCGGGAGCAAAAUGGUUUCUGAGAUCUACCUCACCCGCCUGCUUGCUACUAAGGGUACGCUGCAGAAGUUUGUCGACGAUUUGUUCGAGACUCUCUUCAGCACGGUGCACAGAGGUAGCGCCCUUCCGCUAGCUAUUAAAUACAUGUUCGAUUUUCUGGAUGAACAGGCAGACAAGCACGGCAUCCAUGACACAGAUGUCCGUCAUACAUGGAAGAGUAACUGCCUUCCUCUGCGUUUCUGGGUGAAUGUGAUCAAGAAUCCGCAGUUUGUUUUUGACAUCCACAAGAGCAGCAUCACGGAUGCUUGUCUAUCCGUGGUGGCCCAGACCUUCAUGGAUUCGUGUUCCACAUCUGAACACAGAUUGGGCAAAGACUCGCCCUCAAACAAGCUGCUUUAUGCUAAAGAUAUCCCCAACUACAAGAACUGGGUAGAAAGGUACUACGCUGACAUUGGUAGACUGCCAGCCAUCUCUGAUCAGGACAUGAAUGCGUAUUUGGCUGAACAGGCACGGCUUCACUCCAGUGAUUUUAACAUGCUCAGUGCCCUCAAUGAGAUUUACUCCUACAUUAGCAAAUACAGCGAAGAGAUCACGGCUGCACUGGAUCAGGACGAGACGGCGAGGAAACAACGCCUGGCUUAUAAAGUGGAACAGCUCAUCGCCGCCAUGUCAUUAGAGAGCUGAGAGAAAGACUAACCAAAACCUUUACUCAGUUCAACCAUCAUCCAAAGCCCGAGCUACUGGAUAGAGACCUUACACCAAGAGGUUACCUUUUCCAAUGGACAACUAUUCGAUAAAACUGGCCACUUUUAUAUCGUGAUGGAAAUCUGAAGUGGAGUUUUUAGAAACGCAAAAUGGGACGAUCGGCUUUCCGGACUUUCACGGUUUUAUGUGCUUUUAUUUAGUUUUUUGUUUGUUUGGCUGGUUUGACGUGUCUUGCACAAAAUACCGUGAUGGAUGGAUGCAAGCAUUACGAUUUAUAGAUUCUUCCUUUAAAAACAUUGCUCGUUUUGCGGAAACCAUCGGAAGGGGAUUUGACGGAAACCAGACUUCCACUGCCUCGCCGUUGGUUUUUACUUCCAAAUGUUAUUUUUAUACACGAGUGCUCUUGAGUUCUGUUGCAGUUGCCACUGGAGUCCUCAUGGCGCCACUCUCUUUCCCUGGAAAACAGCGACUGCUAUCAACACGCUUGUGCAUGUCGACAAACUUUUGAGUGUCUCUGGCUUUGGAGACCACGAGGAACUAUACAGAUCGUCUCGGUGAUAAUGCAACUCCAUCGUAAAGGGGCCAGAUUUCAACCAGCAUGUCCGUUCGCCCCAAACUCUUGGAUUGGCGUUCUUUGAAGGACCAGUGUUGAACCGGACGAACAAACUCUGCUCCGCAGUCUCUCUCUGUGUGUGUAUACGUCAUGUUUUCUACAUGUAAGCGUAUGUGAAUGUACAAACGUACUCUAUUUUGUCUUUGCGAUUUUCGUUGCUUUUCUAAAAACGGGAAUCAGUUGAGCUGAUAUCCACGGCACGUCCUGAAGAACAGAUGCGCUCGAUGUAAAUCCAUGAUGACAGAGCUGCCAAAAUUCUCCUAUGGAUGCAGCGACGUGUAGCUAAAAAUGAAACGGAGAACCCUUUGAAAUGAAUGGACUUACUUGAGAUCAUCUUACCAGAGAGUAUUACUUAUUAUGUAUGGUCCAAUGUGUGUGUAGUCUGCAUGCAUUAUACAGUACCUCAUAUUUAAAAAAAAAAAAACGUCUUCAUUCCCAUAUACUCCUACAUUCAAGUGCCAAGAGGUCAUGUCGUGGAUGACUCGGAGGGAGGCUGAUGAUGUAAUAUACCAUGUCACUUCCUUUCUGUACGCAUUGGGAUGAAGUGCCAAAAGAUCUCUUUAAGUUAUUUGUGCACUUGGUUGAUUAAGGGAAAACCCUGUAGGCCGAUCGCUCUCUCACUACUUGCAAAUUCAGGUACGAAAUGUAAAGUAUUUAAAAUACUUCUGGAUUCAUGAAAGGUUGAGUGCUUUUUCCUUUUUUUUUCUGCAUCGCCUGACAUGAAAUAUGUCAACAGAGAGCACGAACAAAGACAAGAUUGCUUUCAUUUAUAAUGCAUGAUGGCAAGUACAGUUGCUUUAAAAGAUCACCCAUACCAAAAUAGACAAGGUCGUUCAGGUCGAAGUCAGCUCGGGUUCACACUGGAAUAAAGAGAGAACCCAAAAUCGCAAAAUCACCUCUACACUUCUGUAUAUCCAAUGCAGUACGAGGCUUUCAAAGUCAUUGUUUUCCCCCGUUGCCUUAAGAUUAUUUAAUCGUUCUUAUGUUGUUUUCCUGUCUUUGUUUGCUGUGUUUGAGACUGAUCAGAAAAGUAAAUGAAAUGAAACGAUGUGGUGGAGGCGUGUCCUCGCCCAGACAGCCGGUUGGUGGUGUCUCGCGGAGUAUUCGGGAAGCAUAGGAAUGAGAUGGAGAGACAGACCCCUUUAGCUUCAAAUUUCUCCUGCCGCUUUGAAGCUCGGCUUUGAUCUCAAGCAGUCGUGUGCACAGUGUGAUCAGGAGAUAAAAAAUACACAUCAAAAAUAGGAACCAGUGCGAGAGAUUACAAAUGAGGAGCGUUAUGACUGACUGAUGAGUGAAUUGAUCUGUUAAGGUAUGGAAAACUAUGGGAUACUCUUCCUGAACAACCACAUAUUCCUCUGGCACCUGAAUAGUCACUGUAUGAUGUGACGUAUACACUGCUGGAAUAAACAGUAUUAGUUAGUGUUUUUGCAUUGUUUUCCAUCUAAAUGUCUUCAGAGGUCUUCCUUUAAAAGUAAAAAAGGACAAUUGUAGGCUGGUUUGUGCCUAAAACAAUAAAAAAUAAAGACAUUUGCUUAUGGGAUAAUAAAAACACAGCUACAUAGCUUUAUCACAUUAUUCUGUUUAGAUAUUUUAAAUGGGAAACAACACAAAAACACUGAUUAUAAAGGGGACAAAAUGAAGCUUCCUACAAUAAAUUCGAUUAUCCACAGUCUUCCCUGUUUUACAUUCAUCCGAGCUUAUCAUGGCUCUCUAAGGGUUUAAGUCUCUCGGAGACGUUCUGUUAACCUUGAUGUCCUCACAGUUUUUCCCAGGAUGUUGCUCAAACCCUUUUAAUGUUAAUGUGAUGCCGCCACAUUAGUCGAGGAGGUACGACUCUCCUGCGUGCGCAGAUAUAUUCAGAGAUACUGUAUUUCUCUGUCCUAAAAUUUUGUGGCACAGGAAAUUGCACUUUGUAAAGAGAGAUUUAGUAUCUCGAUGCGAUUGCUGUUUAUUAAAACAUUCGAUCCCCUCAAAAAGUGAGUAAAGUGAAUUUUAAUUUUUAUUGCGCUAUUCUGCAGAGCAGAAUAAAAUUUUACGGCACUGGGCAGCUUUUAGAAAUAUCGGCAGCGGUCGAGACGGCCGCUCGUUUUGUAUUUGGCACGAAUCGAGAGUCUUUAAAUCAAUUUUGUGCACUUUUAUCUUUUUGGUUAAUGUUUUGCUCUGUGAUGGAAUAGCAUGCUACAAACAAGUGAAAUGUUCAUAUUCUCUUCAUAUUACCAAUUCUCUUAAUUGUGAGGAAACAAAAAUGAGAGAAAGGCUUUUGUAGUCACCUCAAGUGUGAAUAUCCAUCCAUUUUCAAUCGUGCUAAAUUAUAAACAAAUCUCUCUUUGUAGACACUGGAGUUCUGUAACAUAGUACAUAGAAAUAAUAAUGACCUCGAUAAUAAUAACGCUUAUGGUUGUCUGUUCUUGUUGUUUUUUAAGUGUUGUGAAAAUUGUAAGAGAUUAUUUAAAAAGAAAAAAAGGUGGUCUUGUUUUUUUUAUUGAUUUAGUUUUGUUAUAUUAUAUUAUAUUUCUGUGUACCUAUUGUAAAUAUGAAGCACACCUAUUUUGCAAGCCAAGGAUUCACUUUGUACUGUUGUUAUAUAUAAAUAAAAUUUACUGGU